GUUCAAAAUAGUAAAUAAAAGUACCUACCUUACAAAUUACUGAAAUAUACAAUAAUUCUAAUGGUACACAUAAAUAGAUGAUCUAGCUUUAUUAAAACAAUGGGUAUUGUUACGGCUUUGACGUUAUUCGCUUUAAUACAAACAGCGACUAGUUUCGGUUCAAGAAAUGUUGUAUUUACUAUAGUUAGUCAAGCAGAACCAUAUCAUGCAAGCGUUGCAAGUCGACUCAAACGUGAAAUAGAAAAUCAAGUAAAUGAAUUAGAAGAGCUUACACCGAAAGUCUACAUAACACAUGAAGAUAUACCCGUAGCUGGAGCUUGGACGAUAAUUCCUCUACUGAGGCCGUUAGUUACUAAAUACAAAAACACAGACGUACGAUGGGUUCUGUUCGUCGAACCACAUACUACUGUACGUUGCAGUAAGCUAUUUGAAGCUUUAGGAGCGGCUGACAAUCAGAAGGAUACAAUGUGGAUUGGUUAUCCACUAAGUGAUGAUGAACCGACGAUAAUACACCAUUUUGCCUUUUACGAAGAUUUGGAAGAUGAUGGUGGUUUUGUAUAUCCCCAUUUUGCAAAUGGUUUCGCGAUGAGAAUUGAAUUAAUGGACAGACUCGUGAAUCAAAUAGAAAAUGAUGAGAGGAAGCUAGAAGCUGACUUCUCAAUCGAUCCUGCGUUCGAAUUGGCACAACUUGUUUAUGGGGAUAGCAAUAAUCCUGGACCGUUAUUGACUCCUGAUCUGAGCUUCUGUGUUGUUUCCGGAGAUAACUGUGCAACGUACCCGAGGCAGUUCGAUAUAUGUGGCAGUCCUAUCGCUGAGGACUCGAUUUACUUCGCAGUGAAAACUUGGACAGGUUUCCACUCAACCAGAGCAAAGGUGGUGAAGAAGACAUGGGGAAAACACGUCACACAUCUGCAAUUCUUCAGUGAUAAAUCUGAUCCUGAUCUUCCGGCUGUUGAUAUCGGUGUGCCAAACACGAAGACAGGUCAUUGUUUAAAGACGGUCACCAUUUUGAAGGAAGUUGUGAAGAGAGUUAAAGAUCUUCCAAAUAUUAAAUGGAUAUUUCUGGCUGAUGAUGACACUAUUUUAGGUGUCCAGCGGCUCUGUGAAUUGCUGAGCUGCUACCGAGGCGGUUCCGACAUAACGGUUCUAGGAGAGAGAUACGGUUACGGAUACGGCAAGAAGGAGACAGUUGGUAAAGGCUACGACUACAUAACGGGCGGCGGCGGCGCGGCGCUGUCGGCGGGCGCGGCGCGGGCGCUGGCGCCGUGCGCGUGCGCCGCGCGCGCCGCGCCCGACGACAUGGCGCUCGGCGCCUGCGCGCUGCGCGCCAACGUCUCGCUCACGCACUCGCCGCUCUUCCACCAGGCACGCCCUCAAGACUACCCGCGUGAAGUGCUGGCAAGAGACCGCCCGGUGUCCUUCCAUAGGCACUCGUCGCCAGAACCGCUCAGGGUCUACGCCACCUGGUUCCAGCAUGAUGACUUGGCUCUUAAAAGGAAAAAAAAUAAGGAUGAACUGUAGUUAUCAAACAAAUAUAAUUAU